GCGGCUCGCUCGGCUUCCGCCCAUCGCGUCGCACCGUCAGUACACCUACGCGCUACGCGCUUUACGGGUUUGUGUCGAGGUUCUCAAAAAAGGACAACGACAACGUUCCGAAAAAAAGGAAGCAAUUUUACAAGAAUUCGCGUCCUCGCGAAAGAAAUUCUCGUCGCAAGGAUGGGUAGCUACGCGAGCAGAAUAGCGUCGAUGUCCAACACGGCCGUCCACAAUGUAUAUCGAGGCUGUAAGCGCAAGUACAUUGAGGAAUAUGACUGUGAUUCCGAGUCCGAUUAUAUCGAACGUACGCUGCAUACACCGAAAAAGAGAAAAUUGCUCACGACAGCACAGUACAUAUACAAGACUCUAUUUCAAGAAGAGAAAGGCAGUGACAUAACCGUUUUCAUAUUGGGAAAAGCAUGGAGAUUACAUAAAGUUUAUAUUAGUCAGAGUCCAUACUUUGCUAGCAUGUUCUCUGGUUCUUGGAGAGAAACUAAUGAGAAAGUCAUUACUGUAGAAAUCACAGAUCCUAACAUUACAAUGAAUUCAUUGUCUACAGUGUUAGGCUCGCUCUAUCAAGACGAAGUCACUUUGGAGCCAAAAGAAGUUAUUUCUAUUUUGGCAACAUCUGUUCUGUUUCAAUUGCAAGGCUUAAUAGACGAGUGCGCAGAUAUUAUGAUAGAAACUACAAAUAGUGAGACUGUUGUGCCAUAUUAUAAUGCAGCUGUGUCAUAUGGUGUACCUACUGUGAAAGCAGCUGCAAAACGAUGGUUGGAAGUCAAUUUAUUGAAUUAUGGAUGGCAGCAUCCACCUUUUUUAAAAGAAAUUGCACCAGAUUUAAUGGCGGAAUUAGUUGCCAGUCCUGAUUUAGUUGUCUUGCAAACAGAAUUCUGCAUAUAUUUGAUGUUGCGCAUAUGGUUAUUUGCGCAUACACACAAUUAUGAUGAUACAAUGAAAAUAGAUGACUACUUUAAAAAUCACAAAUGGACUGAACCGUUUUUAACGACCGAUGAAGGCAAGGAGUAUGCAGCACCAUUUAAGGCACUAAAGAUGAAAUAUUUGCUUUUACACGAACAAGAUGACAAGAUAUUAUAUAAUGAUAAUUUAAUACCACCAGAUUGGCUAUACAAUGCUUAUAGAGAACAAUGGCAUCACUUAUUAAGAGUUGAUGGAAAUCUAGAUAGAGGUCCAGUGCAGAUGACAGAAGAAGAAUUUUCAAAAGAAUGCUUUCGAUGUGGUAGAUGUAUCGAAAAGCCAGGAGAACAUACUUGGAGAUGGAAAGCAUUUCAUUAUGGACUAGAUUUAGUAAUGACUGUAGACACAACUAGCUUGCGCAUUAUGAGAAAUCACAGAGCGGACACAGAGCAUAUUAAGGCUAAUCAUAAGGAACAUAAAAUUCUGAUAAAAGUCUGUUUAUUUUCAUUGGACGAGCAACGUCAAGUGAAGCAUGCUCAAAAUUCGGGUAUGCUAAGAUUACGUUUGAGGAAGAAUACAGAACACAUCUUUUUCCAGCAUGAGAUAAUGUCUCUGGACAAACAACUAACUUAUCCCUUGUACAUAUCAGUCAAUAUGCAACUAGUCACACCACUUGCAUUGGAAGAAGAGACGACAUCGGUCGACGUCGUAUUUUCAGAUACUUAGCAUUUCAAGAAUAUCAUAUUUUAUGUAAAGGUAAAAAAUAUCGAAUUUUCUCCAAUUGACGCUUUGUAACAUAUUCCAUUUGAUUACGAGGGUUGGAUAAAUUCGUAGGCACAUGUUAUUAUUUGGCACAAUACUUAACUAGGAAGAAAUAUGGAUUUAGUAAAGAUCACACAAAUUUGUUCUCUUACAGUGAUAUAUAGGGUCCAUUUUUAUUGCACUAGUUUUUUAAUAUAAAAUUCUUUUGUCAAUUUGGGCUUAAUUGUUUUUUUUAAGUGGAAACAUUUUGUUAUUAUUGAGUAUAUAUAUUAAUGGUUGAGAAUAUGAUAGAAAAUUUUAAAUUUGGAAAUUAAAUCGAUGAAAAAAUUAUGUUUUUUAGUUAAUUUCGAGUAGACUACAACAAAAUUUUAAUUUUGAUUUUUAUUGUGAAGAUAUAUAUUAGUAAUAAACAUAAUUUUGAAGAUUAGAAAAUUAUGAGAAAUAAUUACAUUUUUGAUAUUUUUUUGCUAAAAAAAAAUCAAUUCUCUUUCCAAAUUUACUAUCAAAGAAGAUAAAGAAUUUACUAUCAAAAGGUAACACACUAGAAAUUGAACAUUCUCUAUAUGCUUUUAUAUUAAUGUAUAUUGGAUUUCAUAUAAUUGAUACAUCUAUGCAUUUGAUAUAAUUGAUGCAUUUAUGUCUAUUAAUUAUAAAAGUCAUUCCAACAUCUGGCAAGAGGUCUGUUAUUAGAUAGAUUUUAAUUUUUCCCUCUAAUCAUUCCUAAGCAUGUUUCUUUGGACUGAAUAAAAAUAUAUAAUAAAAAUGAUAGUAGAUUUAGUAGAUUUUAGGAACAUUGCAUAAUCAGAGAAUUCUGUUUGCUUCUUUAAUACUUUAAUAUUUGAUUUAUUUUUAUAAUUAGUUUAUAUAUAACUUUGGAAUGACAUAUAGUUUUGAUAGAAUAUAUACAAAAAUGGCUCAUUCUUUUUCAAUAUUCUGACAAACUGUAAUUACAACAUAAUCACUUGAUUUCUGCAUUGUUUUUUAGAGACAAAUAUUAAAAAACAAUAAGAUAAUUAUUUUAAUUUCUAAAAUUGUUUGCAUAUCACAAAGGAUUAUUGCAAUAUUAAUUUUUUUUUAUGUAUUCUAGAAGAAAAUAUAUAUUUAUAUGUAUACAUGUAAACUUACAUAUAUUUAUAAGAAAAUUAAAAGAAACGAUGAUUUAUAUUCUCUAUUUGUCAGACAAUGCUAAAAAAAGAAAAUUAAUUAAUAUAACACAUUAUAUAAGAAAGA